AUGAAGACCUUCGGCCGGUGGGCAUUUGUCCUACUGCCGUGGAUAGUUGGUACUGUCUUCGGUCAAGGCAGUACUGGCGCAGGUCCUUCGCAAUCGCCACUUGAUCUCAUCUCUCAGAUUCCUCCAUGCGCUGUUUCUUGUGUUAGCGAUUCGUUCUUAAACUCAGGAUGUGGGCUUGACAACAUCGCACCCUGCAUUUGUACCAACGUCACCCUGUUGAAGGGCAUGUCAGAAUGCAUUCAAGCAGCUUGCGAGUGGAGAGAUCAGCUGAAGUUGUCUUACACAACCGAUGAUUUGUGCCGACCCUACCCCCAUGCGUCCCGAAAAUUGGAGAUAAAAGUGGUCGUGGCGAUACUGGCUGUGAUCACGUUCCCUAUUGUCGCUUUGAGACUCUACUCUCGAUUGACAAUAGCAGGUCGGCUCGAACUUGACGACUGGACUACCGCUGUGACAGGGGUUAUUUUGGCAGUGACUCUUGGGUGUGUUAUUGCGACCGCCAAACUUGGAUUUGGGCUUCAUUACUGGAAUGUGAAUCCCGCGAAUGCCCAGCGCAUUCUCCAGCUUUACUAUGCUGUGCAGAUGCUCUAUAUAAUCGUUCUCAUCUUGGCCAAAGUGUCAAUUGUCGCCCUCUAUCAUCGUGUUUUUCCAGAUCGCAAGUUCCAGCUUAUUAACAAGCUAGUCUUUGCGUUUCUUACUGGCCAUGGAUUGGUCUUUGUAUUUGUUAUCAUGUUCGAAUGCACUCCAAUCAACAGCAUAUGGGAUCGAACCCUACAACGGAAGUGCAUCAAUGUUAACGCAGUCGCCAUGGCCAGUGCUAUUCUCAGCAUCGUCGAGGACAUUGUAAUACUUGCAAUGCCUAUUCAACAACUCAGCAAGCUGCAAUUAGGAAUCAAAAAGAAAAUUGCAGUUUGUUUUAUGUUUAGCCUAGGUUCGUUGUGCUUGUAUCACUUCGAUAAUUCGCCUCAGAUGGCUUGUGCUGUUUGCUGA